CAUCUACCUCCUUCAAACUCAAACCUCGAACCCUAAGUCCUCCUUCGGGUUCAUCUUCGAUUCAAUUCUUCUACGAAGAAACCGUAGCUACGAGGGACCAAGAGUAGAUCGAUCUAUCUCCUUCUCUCCUUUCCGAUUGAAGAUGGUUUCCGACGCAAGCAAGAAGAAGGCUGCACAGAAGAAGGCCGCCGCCGCCGCUAAGAGAGGAGGCAAGGCUUCAGCUUCUUCCAAAGCCGUCGAUAAGAGCGUCGAUAAGGUCGCCGAUGGAAUCUCCGAUAUUCAGAUUUCGGAUCGGACCUGCACCGGCGUCCUCUGCUCCCAUCCUCUUUCCAGAGAUAUUCGGAUAGAGUCUCUUUCAGUUACCUUCCAUGGACAUGAUCUCAUAGUUGAUUCAGAAUUGGAGCUAAAUUAUGGAAGACGUUAUGGUUUACUUGGGUUAAAUGGCUGUGGAAAAUCUACUCUGCUCACGGCAAUAGGUUGCCGUGAACUUCCAAUUCCUGACCACAUGGAUAUUUAUCACCUUAGCAGGGAAAUUGAAGCCUCUGACAUGUCUGCAUUAGAGGCAGUCGUAAGCUGUGAUGAGGAAAGAUUGAGAUUGGAGAAGGAAGUUGAAGCUUUGGCAGCCCAGGAUGAUGGAGGUGGUCAAUCCCUUGAUCUUAUAUAUGAACGACUAGAAGCCCUAGAUGCAGCAACUGCAGAAAAGCGUGCUGCUGAAAUCUUACAUGGUCUUGGUUUCGACAAGCAGAUGCAGGCAAAGAAGACACGUGAUUUUUCUGGUGGCUGGAGAAUGAGAAUAGCAUUAGCACGAGCUCUGUUUAUGAAUCCAACCAUUCUUCUACUUGAUGAACCAACCAAUCACCUUGAUUUGGAGGCUUGUGUGUGGCUGGAGGAGAGUUUGAAGAAGUUUGACCGUAUUCUGGUGGUGGUUUCACAUUCUCAGGACUUCCUUAAUGGUGUCUGCACAAAUAUUAUCCACAUGCAAAACAAAAUACUGAAGCUGUACACUGGUAACUAUGAUCAAUAUGUUCAGACACGUUCUGAGUUGGAGGAGAACCAGAUGAAGCAGUACAAGUGGGAGCAGGAGCAGAUUGCCUCAAUGAAGGAAUAUAUUGCCCGGUUUGGCCAUGGUUCAGCAAAGCUAGCUCGCCAAGCACAGAGUAAAGAGAAAACACUGGCAAAAAUGGAACGAGGUGGACUUGCGGAGAAGGUGGUCAGAGACAAAGUUUUGGUAUUCCGUUUUACUGAUGUGGGAAAACUUCCCCCUCCUGUACUCCAGUUUGUUGAGGUGGCAUUUGGUUACACUCCUGAUAAUCUUAUCUACAAGAGCCUUGACUUUGGGGUUGAUUUAGACUCUAGGAUUGCAUUAGUUGGACCAAAUGGUGCUGGGAAGAGUACAUUACUGAAGCUAAUGACAGGUGAAUUGAUGCCUACUGAUGGCAUGGUCCGACGUCAUAAUCAUCUUCGAAUUGCACAAUAUCACCAGCAUCUGGCUGAAAAGCUAGACAUGGAAGUGUCUGCUCUCCAGUAUAUGAUGAGAGAAUACCCUGGUAUUGAAGAAGAGAAGAUGAGGGCAGCUGUUGGGAAGUUUGGGCUGUCAGGUAAAGCCCAGGUGAUGCCUAUGAAGAACUUGUCUGAUGGGCAGAGGAGCCGUGUGAUAUUUGCUUGGUUAGCGUGGAGGCAACCUCAAUUGCUACUUUUGGAUGAGCCAACUAAUCAUUUGGAUAUUGAGACUAUUGACUCAUUGGCUGAGGCAUUGAAUGAAUGGGACGGUGGUUUGGUGCUUGUUAGCCAUGAUUUUAGGCUCAUAAAUCAGGUGGCCCAUGAGAUAUGGGUUUGUGCUGAUCAAGCUGUGACCAGAUGGGAAGGUGACAUUAUGGAAUUCAAGGCGCAUCUCAAGUCGAAGGCGGGUUUAUCUGACUGAAACAGAUAAUGGGAAUUGGCUGUUGUCCGAUAUAUCAAUCACUAUAUAAGGAUCUAGUACUUACAAUAAUAUAUAGGUAGGUGCUACCGUUUGAGCUGGAUUUCUCUCAACGGUGAUGAUUGUUGAGUUCGAUGGCAGAAUCGGUGCAUAGAAGCUUGUUAUGAUUUUUGUUUGAGCCGAGAUGUCUUUCACCCCCGAGAUGUCUUUCAACCCCGUUAGACUCUGGUAAUAUUUUUUUUUUUUAAUUAUUAUUUGUUGUGCUUAUCAUUUAAUUGCUUGGUUGUUGACCAGCAUGAUGGAUAAUGGGAUAUCACCUUGAGGUAGAUGUGAUCCCUAUUUGAAUCUACGAACGAAGCUUAUUCUUAUAAAUGUUGUACCCAGAGUAUUAUAUCUAUGAUAUUAGUAAUUACUAUUA